AUCAUUAACUUUUAAAUAAUCUUACUAUCACUUGCGUCUCGACUCUUUGGCCUUAUCAAGCAAUAUAUAUGUAGGUAUCACUUUAAGAAUUUAUUUCAUUGUACUCGUAUCGCAAUGGCAAAUCCCGUUGUAACAAUUAAAGAAGGACAAAUUAAGGGAAGUAUUGACAGUGAUUACUUGGGCAAGCCUUACUACUACUUUCUUGGGAUUCCCUACGGAAAAGCUCCAAUUGGAGAUUUACGAUUUAAGGCUCCUGUUCCAGUGGAACCUUGGAAAGGCAUUCGAGAUGCUACACAAGAAGGUCCAGAAUGCCCCUCUCGCCAUUUAAUGCUUAAAACUUAUGUGGGUAGUGAGGAUAAUUGUUUACACGUUAACGUUUACACUCCACAGCUUCCUAAUGAUGGUAACAAUAAUCUGAAACCUGUUAUGGUCUGGUUCCACGGUGGUGGCUUUCUAUAUGACACAAAUAAACGCGAAAUGUAUGGUCCAGAUUAUUUAAUAACUGAAGAUGUUGUUAUAGUUGCAGUGAGUUUUCGUUUAGGAGUCCUUGGAUUUCUCAGCUUGGAAGACCCAACACUAGAAAUUCCCGGAAACGCCGGAUUAAAAGACAUGGUUUUGGCUCUUCAGUGGAUACAAAACAACAUUCAAAAUUUUUGUGGAGACCCAAAUAAUGUGACAAUUUUUGGCGAAAGUGCUGGUUCUGUUGCAGUUCAUUACUUAUACCUCUCCCCAAAAACCAAAGGAUUAUUCCACAAAGCAAUCUGUCAAAGUGGGUGUGCAUUAAAUACUUGGGGAGUAGGAAGCACUAAUGGUUUAAUAAUUGCAAAACACCUACACUACAAUGAAAUGAACGAAAGAAAAAUUUUGGAGUAUUUGAAAACUUUGUCACCACAAAAACUCAUCAAAGCACAACACAGAUACGAAGAUACAUUUGUUGCAUGUAAAGUACAAAAAUUUGGACCAGUUGUUGAAAAAUAUGUAACCGAUUCGGCUUUCUUAACCGAGGAACCGCUCGAAAUUAUAAAAUCAGGAAAAUUCAAUCACGUGCCUCUGAUAAUAGGAACAACUUCAAGAGAGGGAAUCCUUACGGAAGCUGCUAGGAAGUUACUAGGAAAAGAUAUAAUAGGUUCGAGUCUAGAAGACGAAAUCCAUUAUCGGUUAAAUGUGAAAAGAGGUUCAGAAACGUCGAAACGAAUUGCCCACAAAAUAAAGAAAUUUUAUUACGGCGAAGAAGAAAUAAAUGCGGAAAAAUAUUACUUGCUUAAAACCGACAACAUGUUCCUCCACGCCGCAUACAAGACAGUCAAUUAUCAAAAACAAACCAGUCAAGCCCUGAUUUACUUUUACGAAAUGUCUCUUGACACUCCUUUAAGUCUUUUCAAAAGCUUGUGCACCCCGAAACUGUUUUACCCAACUCUGAUUUUCUAUCUUUUGGCGUACCUAACACGCGAUAGUAUAUUCAACACAUUUUUUUUGCGACUGGCAAGUCUUAUGCCGAGAAAAGUCCUAAAUGGAGCAUCCCAUGGCGACGAUUUGAGCUACCUUUUCACGAACGUUUUGAGCGAAAAAGUCAAGCCUGGAAGUGACGAGGAAAUUUAUGUAAAAAGGUUUAUAAAAUUAUGGGCGAAUUUUGCAAGAACUGGAAAUCCGACACCAGAUAAAAAUGACCAGCUUUUAAACGUUGAAUGGAAACCGGUGACCAAAGACGAAAAUUUUUUGCUGGAUAUAGGGACUCGACUCGAAUUAAAAACAAAUCCGUAUGGUGAAAGAAUGGCAUUUUGGGAUAGCAUUUAUAAUUUUUUACCGUGAAUAAAGUAUUUUGUACAAGAAA